AUCACCCCUACGUGGCCUCACGAGGGCUGGGCUCUUAACACUAGAUUCUAGUUCCAAAUGUCAGCAUUAGCCAUUUAUAGCUAGAUUUCCGUGAUGCUCGAAGAUAAUUGCUCCGUGCCGCUGGGUGCCGCGAAGCCGAUCAGGUCUAAAGGCCGGCCGAGAUAGGAAGGUCCAAGUUCUUGUCGAAUCAGGAGCUCUGGAUAGAGCUUUAUGUGAAUUUUUGACCCCACACUGACUUCGUUCUCCCGAUCCUUCAGGACGGAUGCAACGCGUCACGUCAUGCGAAAGAAGCAGAUCAGUGACGCUUUUUUUUUUUAAAUAAAUACACUCUCAUAGUUACCCAUCGCAUCGAAGGAGAGUCUAUGAUGAUUUGAUCUUGUUAGUCGUGUUGAUGAAGAUGUUUUCCUCCGCCUCAUUCGCGCUUGUCGGGCUCGUCGGGCUCGUCGGGCUCGCGGCAGCGCAGUUCCCACCCACCCCCGAGGGGGUCAAGGUGCUGAAGUCCAAAUUUCACGAAAAUGUCACUAUUUCGUACAAGGAGCCUGGUAUCUGUGAGACCACGCCGGGAGUCAAGUCAUACGCCGGAUACGUGCAGCUGCCCUCAGGAACUCUGAAUGACGUCGACGGGGAAGCUCAAGACUACCCAAUCAACACAUUCUUCUGGUUCUUCGAGGCGCGCAAGGCUCCCGAAAAUGCCCCAUUGGCAAUCUGGCUCAACGGCGGACCGGGAGGCUCCUCGAUCAUGGGCCUCCUUGAAGAGAAUGGGCCCUGCUUCGUCAACGAGGACUCCAAGACAACCCGUCUGAACCCUUGGAGCUGGAACAACGAAGUCAACCUCCUCUACAUCGACCAACCGACUCAGGUGGGCUUCUCCUACGACAUUCCGACCAACAUCACCAUCCACGCCGCCGACGACUACGAGAGCGGGCCAUGGGGCAUGUUUCCCGCCGACUUUAGUGACGGUGUCCCCGAGGGUAACUACACCUACCGUUACGGCACCGCCUCAAGCCAGAAGCUUUCGCAGACAUCAAACACCACCGCGCAUGCUGCGCACGCUCUGUGGCACUUUGCGCAGACUUGGUUCUUCGAGUUCCCUGGCUACAAACCCGUCGAUGACCGAAUUAGCCUGUGGGCCGAGUCCUACGGAGGACACUACGCACCUGGUAUCUUCCGCCACUUUCAGACGCAGAACGAGUUGAUUCAGAAUGGCUCUUCGCCCGAGGAAAAUGCCCAGUAUAUCCACCUUGACACGCUUGGAAUCGUCAACGGUCUCAUUGACCUGUCGAUCCAAGGCGAGGCUUGGAUCACCUACCCGUACAACAAUACCUAUGGAAUCCAAGUCUUCAACGAGUCCAUCUACGAUGCAUUGAUGUACAACUGGACCCGCCCGAACGGCUGCAAAGAGCGAAUCCUCAACUGCCAGGAAGCUCUCAAGGAUCAUGGACCGCUCAUCGCAAGCGGCGUGAAGAAGAAUUAUACCGAAGUCUGUGGCGAUUUCCUCACCGAAUGCGGCUUCAACGCCGUCGAAAUCUACCAGAGCCUGCCCGACGGGAGGGGAUGGUACGAUAUCGGACACGGCAAACACGACCCCUUCCCGGCCCCGCACUUGUACGGUUAUCUCACCGAAGGCGAGGUUUUGUCGUCGCUUGGUGUGCCCGUGAAUUACUCGGAGUCGUCGGGGGCAGUGGGCAUCAGCUUUCAACAUACUUUCGACAUGAUCCUGGGUGGAUUCGGAGAGUCAAUCGGGUACCUGCUCGAUAGCGGUGUCAAAGUUCAUAUGAUGUAUGGAGAUCGCGACUACGCCUGCAACUGGGUCGGCGGCGAGAAGGCAAGCUUGGCGAUCCCCUACAACCGAUCGAUAGACUUUGCCAACGCCGGGUACACCCCACUCAUCACCCCCGACGGCGUGACGGGCAUGACGCGCCAGUUUGGCAACUACAGCUUCUCGCGCGUCUACCAAGCCGGCCACGAGGUGCCGUCCUACCAGCCGGUGACGGCCUACGAGAUCUUCAUGCGGGCGACGUUCAACCGGGACAUCGCGACGGGACUGAUCCCCGUCACGGACGAGCUGUCGACGAUCGGCGUCAAGGACACGUGGCACAUCAAGAACAUCCCGCCCCGGGAGCCGGACCCGAUUUGUUACGUUCUCAAGCCCGAGACGUGCCCCGAGAAUGUGUGGAAGACAGUGGAAGAUGGGACUGCGUUGGUGAGGGAUUACUACGUGAUUGACGUCCCUGGAAAGGAUGAAGGCCAGCAGAUCUCCGAGGAGCUGUAAAGAAAAAGGCAAAGGACAGUAACUUGCUCAAUAGACUACUUGCAUAUCGAGGUAGUUAGCGCUGUUCAUGGUUUGAGGCAGGCCGCAAGCUCAACAAUUCGGGGCCAAACAAGUCGUGACGGUCGGGACAAGUGUGUUUCAGUGAUUGGACGCAUGAGGGGAACUCGUCAGGAAACAUGCAGCGCUGGUAUCUGCCCUAUGCCCUAGCGCCGGUGUCUACUGUGUUAUAGUUGUGGUCCGACGGGGUUUAGCUGCCUCCAUCUGCUCAAGCUUCAAUGAACUAAGGUUCUCCUCAUCUUUUUCGCGCGCAUUUCGAGGGUUGCCAGGUUCAGUGUGCGGCGCUCCCGUGGUUCUGGGUGCGUAACGUGCCGUGUGAGUUCCGGAGAGACAGUGAACCUGAGUCGUCUGAACAAGAAACUCAAAAAGAUACUCGGCGAGAC